AUCAACCAAGUUCCCGAAAAGCCCAAGGCUUUGUUCAACUCUAACCUUGAGUACAUUGCCGAAAACGAGAUUCACGAAGCUAAAGAAGCGCAAACUAAAGCUAAAUCUGUUGCUACUGCUUCCGCCACUGCUGCUUCUGCUACUAUUCCCACCACUGAAUCUACUGAUACGGAAUCAGGCUCGGCUUCUUUAUCUGCAGCCGCCAUUAAAGAUGGAUACUAUUGCUCUCCUAACUUGGAAGCACUACAGAUUAUGAGUGAUGAUGAUAUCAAGCACGUUGAAAACUUUGUAGUCGGACGUAGUGGCUACGGAGAGGUCAAGUUUGAGAUUCCUGUUGAUUUGUCAAAGACUGAUCUCCAUAGCAUCAUGGGAAAGAUCGUGAUCAUCACCAAGAAUAAGAUUGUUCUUUACUCAAACAUGCAAUCCCCUCCUGUUGGAAAGGAACUCAAUGUACCAGCCACAUGCAAGUUCCUCGAAGUCUACCCCGUUGACAAGGACACUGGAAAGCCUAUUAAGGACCCCAACCACCCCAAAGCCAAGUCUUUUACCACCAAAUUGCAGACGCAGCCUCGCACCACAUUUGUUAGCUAUGAUAUCAACACUGGUGUCUGGAUUUUCAAGGUUGAGGACUUUGAAUAAAAAAAGUAUAUUCUUAUUACAUUAUUAAAUUAUAUACAUAAAUACACAUAAGCAAAAAGGAAAAAGAGAAGAAUAUAUAUAAAAAAAAAUAAGGAAGAUAUUUGUAACAAAGGCGCACCAAGUGGAGAAUAGUCAAUAUAAGAACCAUUGUGAUACAGUAAUAAUAAUAUGGUAUAAAUACAUAUUGUGGUUUGUUUUUUUUUCAAAAUAAAAUAAAAAGCAUAAAAAUCU